ACGUCUUCUAUAGCCGUGGAUAAAUUUUCCGUAAAGGAAGCAUAAUAUGAUGUCGGAGACCGCAGUGACAAUGGACGGUUCCAGCAACAACGCAAGUAACAAUCCUCGACAAGUACCCACGGUGAAGACCGAACCAGGUCAACCAAACCCUCUGGCUGGCAUUAGAUUAAACGUACCCUACUUCAAAACCAUACCUGGUAUCAUUAAGUUAGUACAACUGGGUCUUGGGAUAAUAUGCAUGUCGUGUGCAUCCCCGGCGCACGUAGGUGCAAGCCACUGGUUUCUGUUUGUCGCCGUGACGGCUUUCAUCGCUAGCCUCUUGUGGUGUUUCGUGUAUUUGUUGUCGAUUCGAGAGGCAUUGAAACUACCGAUCAACUGGAUUAUGACGGAACUACUAAACACGUCAGUGUUCGCCUUUCUGUACAUGAUUGGUUUCAUUGCUCAACUGUCCGUGUGGAGUGCGAUAUCCAGUUCUUUUACCGCAUCGAAUAUUGCUGCCGGGAUAUUCGGAAUCUUUAACACAGUCGCUUACGCUGCCGGCGCGUACUUCCUGUACAUCGAAUGGAAAAGCAGUACCACGCAGUGAAGAAAA